AUGUCUGCUAUGACCGGCCAACGGCGCUCACCUCCAUCUCCGUGGCCUCAGGAGUCCCAAGGCCCCCUCCAAGUCCCCGGGCCUUCGGACGCGGCGCCUCUCUUUUCACUGUGUGAUCACAACCCGUCUCCCCUCAAAUCCAGCAGUGGCUCGUAUCCUGCCAGUCAGGAUCAUUCGAGCCCCAGUUAUUUUACCAUCAAGAUUGAAGGCUCUCAUGACAGGCCGGACCUGCAACACGGAUUCGGUUCUAAGAGCCAUAGGGCCUCUAUACACCCCAAUCAAUCAUCGCUUCCCAAUAAGAAAAUUAUGUCGCCUGAUCGAGCAGUCCCUGAAGGGUUUAUGACGAUGCCUAGCAUUCGUCCUGGCAACGACCACCGACCCCAUAUGUCUUCCCUCAAAUUACAUCCCGAGUCGAAGCGGAAAGAUCCCUUAGCUGCUCAUGCCAAUAUGUCUUCGAACAAUCUGACACCGGGUUCGAUGAUGGCCAUUUCAGUCGACCAUUGCGCAGAAUUACUGCAAACUUGUGAGCACGAAGUGCUACUGCUGGAUGUGCGGCCGUAUGCACAUUAUGCUAGGGCGAACAUCAAAGGAUCGCUGAACCUCUGUAUCCCCACGACCCUCCUAAAGCGACCGUCAUUUGGCAUACAGAAGCUGGCCAACACUUUCACAAGUGAUGUUGACAAGAAAUCAUUUUCGCGAUGGAGGCAAUGCCGCUAUAUUAUCAUUUACGAUGCUGCUACAUACGAUAUGAAAGACGCCGGACCAAUAACCAAUGUGCUUAAGAAGUUCGCAACUGAGGGAUGGACUGGUGAAGGCUUUGUUCUUCGGGGUGGUUUCAUGGCCUUCAAUGAUCGGUUUCCGGCUCUCGUCCAACAGCAUCAGUCGCCAACGUCGGGAUCACCUUCAAAGCAGCUCAAUUCCAUGCAAACCAGUCUGCCCUCCGCCGCCCCCAUAGCUGGUGGCUGUGCUAUGCCAGAGUCUUCUUCGGCUGCGAUUCCAUUCUUUGGAAACAUUCGUCAGAAUAUGGAUCUUGUGGGUGGUGUUGGGCAAAUUCCUCUACAGAUCCCAUCCGGGCUCACGGAAUCUAAAAGGCAAUUGCUUCCUCGCUGGUUACGGGAUGCCUCCGAAAACGAUGACAGGGGUCAAAGAGUGUCUGAAAAAUUCCUUGAACUCGAAAAGAACGAACUCGAGAGAAUGAAACAAGCCUUGUCAUAUGAAAUGGCUGGAAAUCCCACCUCGGCAGAGACACCUACAAAAAAAUACCGAGUUGCAGGGAUUGAGAAAGGUACCAAGAACAGAUAUAAUGAUAUCUAUCCCUUCGACCAUUCCAGGGUUCGGCUGCAAAAUGUGCCAGCCGGCGAUUGCGACUAUGUGAAUGCAAAUUUCAUGAAGGCUGAGUAUAGCAACAAAUGUUAUAUCGCAACACAAGCACCUGUGCCUGACACUUUUGAUGACUUCUGGCGUGUCAUCUGGGAGCAAGAUGUCAGGCUUGUCGUAUCUCUGACUGCGGAAAUCGAAAGAGGUCAAGUCAAGUGCCAUCGGUAUUGGGAGUCUGGGCAAUAUGGCCCCCUUCGCGUCAACAACUUUUCGGAGAAAACCAUAAAUAUGAAAUCUUCAGAAUCGCGCCAGAUCAAACCUCAGUCAAACAAGCCAUCGUCAGACGUCAGCGAAGAUGCAGGCGAUCCAUGCAUUAUUGUAAGACAUUUUGGCUUAUCACAUUCAUCUUUCCCUUUCCAACCGCUGCGAGAAGUCACGCAGCUGCAAUAUCCAUAUUGGCCGGAUUUUGGCACCACCUCGCAACCAUCUCAUCUUCUUCAAUUGAUUGACGAGUGUAACGCCGUGACAAGAGCGACGAGCAGUACGGGGUUUGACAGUCGCGAGGCAGAACCAGAAGGACAACGACCUGUAUUAGUACACUGCAGUGCCGGAUGUGGCCGUACUGGUACCUUCUGCACUGUGGAUAGUGUCUUGGAUAUGCUCAAGCGACAGCGCACUGAGCGAACAAUACAAUCACGAGGUGACAAGGAGGGGUUCAAUAGUGAUAACCUUGACCUCAUUGCCAAAACUGUGGCGGAUUUUCGAACCCAGCGGCCCAGUAUGAUUCAGAACUUGAGCCAGUUUGUUCUGUGUUAUGAAAGCGUGUUGGAAUGGAUUGUCGGCCACAUGGAUGAAGGAAGUAAAGAAUCCCACUAG